GAAUUUCUGCAGACUGGAGUGGAUGCACCGAGCAAAUAGUUAUCCUCCAACUACUAGCAUGGACAGCUCUUCUAUUUUCAAUUAUACCUUAUUUCUUUUUCCCGAUUAAUAAUCAAUCCGUGAUCCAAAAUGGACGAUCUGCCACCAGCUACAGUUAUCGAUAACGGAUCGGGGCAAAUCAAAAUUGGUAUCUCUGGGGAGAGGGAACCUAGGUUUAUAUACGAAAACAUAAUUGGAAGCCCUAAGGCUACAUCUGCUACCCAAGUUCCAGAUCUGAAAGACUUUUAUAUUGGAAAAGAAGCGUGGGACAAAAGAGACAACUUGACCAUUCAGUACCCAGUGGAGAACGGCACUGUGGUCUCCUGGGACAACAUGGAGAUGGUGUGGAAGAAUAUCUACCGCAGUGAUCUGAAGUGCGACUCCAGGGAGAUGGCGGUUUUGAUGACUGAAUGCCCAGGCAGCCCUGCCGCGCAGAGAGAAAAGAUGUGCGCGUUGAUGUUUGAGGAGUUCAAUGUGCCGGCCUUCUACGUGGCCGUCCAAGCUGUUCUCGCCCUUUUUUCCACCGGCCGCAUAACCGGCUGCGUCCUGGACAUCGGGGACGGGGUGUCCCACGCGGUGCCAGUUUACGAGGGGUACUGUCUCCCCCAUGCAGCCCUGAGACUGGACCUGGCCGGCAGAGACAUCACAGAGUAUCUGGCAAGUCUGCUCAAGGACAACGGGGUGUCCUUUGCGGGCGCCGCGGAGGAGGAUAUCGCCGGAGACAUCAAGGAGAAGGUCUGCUAUGUGGCUCUGGACUCACAGCUCGAGUUGGCCAAGCCAACAGAUGAAGCGGAGAAAUACUUCAGGCUCCCAGAUGGGCAAGUGGUAACAGUGCACACUGAGAGAUUCAGAGCGCCAGAGAUACUCUUCCGACCCGAAGAUGUUGGCAUGGAGGCGCCUGGGGUGGACAGGCUGUUAUUCAAAACUGUUAUGAAGAGCGACGUCGACCUGAGGAGCACCCUGCUAGAGAAUAUCGUCCUCUCCGGCGGCUCCAGUCUUUUCCCCGGCAUGGAGAGGAGGAUAAAAAAGGAAAUAAGCACCCUCGCUCAGCCCGGGAUGGCAGUCAAAGUCUUCGCUCCCCCAGAGAGGAAAAUAUCCACUUGGCUGGGCGGGUCAGUGCUGUCCUCGCUUUCGGCCUUCAGGGAGAUGUGCAUCACGCCCGCAGAAUAUGAAGAAGUUGGGCCCAAUAUAGUGCACCAAAAGUGCUUCUGAAGACGAGUGCAACGAGCAGUGUUUUGGCCAAUAAAAAUGUGGAGAUCUGCAUAAACUA